UGCGUCGCAAAGAUGGACUUCGAUGGUAAUCGGUACUAUACCCUUAAUCGCGUAAUGUUAUCAUCUAUUGGAUUAUGGCCAUAUCAAAAGACAUGGUUUAUUCGAAUUCAAAGAUUUUCUUGUGUAACUUGUGUUAUAUCUGGCAUAAUAGUUCAGUUACUCACAUUUACCACAUUUGAAUACAACUUGGAUCUUCUCCUUCAAGUUUUAUCGUUUACGAUUCCUUGUUUGAUUGCCAUUCUAAAAUAUGUCACGUAUUGUGUAAAAAUCGAAUCGAUGAGAGAGUUGAUGGAUAUGAUAAAAUACGAUUGGAAUACGCUAAAAAAUAGAAUGGAAUAUGAAAUAAUUCGGAAAUACACUUAUAUGGGAGCAUUUUACUCACAGCUGUUUACACUAUGCGCUUAUAUUUCUCCGUUAUUUUUCAUAUUCAUACAUUUUAUACCAAAUCUUCUCGAUCUUAUGGCUCCGCUUAAUCAAUCUCGUCCACACCAGCUGAUAAUUUUAUCUGAAUAUUUUGUUAAUAUUGAUGAAUAUUUUUAUCCUGUUCUUCUGCAUAUGGUUGUGUAUAUCUUUAUAAUUUUGAUCACAUUAAUGUCUACCACAUCUAUAUAUGUAGCAUACAUACAGCAUGCAUGCGGGAUGUUUGAAAUAGCUAGUUAUCGUAUCGAACAUGCUCUGGACGAUUAUGAAAAGGAAAAUUUGCUUUCUACAAAAUGUUGCAUAAUUUGCUCCCGAAUAAUCAGUGCCAUCAACAUUCACAGACGAGCUAUAGAGUUGGUAGUUUCUCAUCGCAUAAUUCAGGAUUUAAAUAUCGUUUAUUAUUAUAUGUAUAUUACAUCAAAUCUAAACUUGCGCGGUUUUUCGAAUUCAUGAAGAAUACUUUUGUUACAAUGUAUUUUUUUCUUCUUUUACUCGGUGUAGCAUCUUUAACUGUUAAUCUAUAUCAUGCGGUAAUCAUACAGGGACUUAUCGAAAAUAUUUUUCC